AUGGAAGAUUGGGUUUCUCGUUCUAAUGUUUUGGUCACUCAAGGACUAACCGAAUCCGAUCAGCUCAAAAAUGGUGACUGGCACUUUGAAGAAGAAAAAAACGGCAUAAAAAUCUAUACCAAGCCUUACACAGCAUCUCUUGUGGCAGGAAAAGGAGAAUCAGAAUUUGCUAGAUCUGCUGAAGAGAUGUUUAAUUUCAUCAGUAAUUGGUCACUUGAAACAAGAUGGGGCAAAGGAAACACCGCAAAUCCAAUUGCUGCACCUGGACCUCUUAAUUCUGAAAUAGUCGCUGAAGAAGGAACUAGAAAACUUGUGUUUGUGGUUCUUCCAAUGAAAUGGCCUAUCAGCAACAGAGAAUUUAUAUAUAUUUCAGAUACCAGAAUUCAAGGAAACUCAUACACGAUUAUAGAAAGAUCAUUGGAAGUUCCUGAAGUUCCACUCACUGAAGGAUGUGUAAGAGCAAACCUAAAUAUGGCGACAAUAUAUAUUGACCCAAUAUCUGAUAAUAGAUGCAAGGUAACAUUUUUAGUACAAUUUGACCCUAGUGGAGACAUCCCUGAUAUGGUGAAAGGAAAAAUCCAAAAAGGAUGGGCUGAGCUUGUUCCUGCAAUUCUCCAUCAGCACACCGAUUAA